UACAGCUGAUCGGCCUUGGCUCCCGGUGCGGACCCUCGGACUGUCCGCGGCCGUUUUCACGUAGAAUUUGUAUUGUAUAAGUCAUCUUGACUGUGGUGGCCACUCGUGUCGGCAAAGUAGGCCAGCUUCCUUGAUUAUUCGAACCGAGGAGUACCUAGGGAAGGUAUUUUUUCUGCCCACAGCUUGGCAAGGAACCUCCUCGUAGCGAAUAGGCCGCUAGUCCAUCCCCGGUCUCACCUGUUUGGAGCUACCGAUUCAUUGGAGCUAUGGGGGACACAGGCAGUGAACGCAGCAAGCCGCCCAGCAUACCGCCCCGCUGUCCAUGUGGAUUCUGGGGGUCCAGCAAAACCAUGAACCUCUGCUCCAAAUGUUUUGCUGACAUUCAGAAGAAGCAGCCAGAUGAGGACUGUGCCCCAGAGCCCACCCCAAGCACUAGCAGCAGCCAAUCAGCAGUCUUCUGUAGCGAUAUGAGCAGCAGCAGUAGCCAAUCCCUGUCGUCGGCGCCUGUCAGUUCUGAUGAGCCAUCGCCUAAAGAUGUGGGAGCCACUUGUCCCCCUGCCCCCCAGGGAGUUCCCAGCACUGACACAGCCCAAGGCACGCUAUCCACACCCACAAAACGGCCCUGCGACUCAGCCUCGGGGUCGGAGAGCGAGGCGUCACCGGAGAAGCGGGCGAGAGCUGAUGAUGUCACGGUGGCGGAGGAGUGCCGCGGGGCGUCCAAGCAAAAGAGCCGCCGGCGCUGCCACCGCUGCCAAACCAAGCUGGAGCUCGUACAGCAAGAGCUGGGCUCCUGCCGCUGUGGUUACGUGUUCUGCAUGCUGCACCGCCUGCCGGAGCAGCACGAUUGCCUGUUCGACCACCUGGGGCGUGGCCGCGAGGAGGCCGUGCUCAAGAUGGUCAAGCUGGACCGCAAGGUGGGCCGGUCGUGCCAGCGCAUCGGAGAGGAGUGCUCCUGAGCGCCCGCCCGCCGCCCGCGCCCGGGCACCCCCCUCCCACGCCCGGGCACCCCUCGUGAGAGGGAAAGGAGAGAGAUGGAGAGAAGAGGUGGAGGAGAUAGAAGCCCAUACCACUCCCGAGAUCCCAGGCAAACCUCAGUACAACUCUGACCCCCCCCCUAGCAAACUGCUACUCCCACCAAGCACAGCAGUGUAAAGCAGCUCAGUCCCCCACACAGACCUGAGCCCCAGAGCCCCCCUUCCAACACUCAGCCUUAAGUUUCCCUGUCUUCUGCAGGUUCUCAGAACGAGGUCACUGAGAGGAGGACUCUCCCAUCCUCGUGACCUCCCCUCAGGUUGUGGGAGAGGGGGCUGGGGCAUUGACAGCCUCUCCCCCCCCCACCAGACCCCUCCCCUUCUC